GGUGUUGGUCUUUUAACACUGCCUUCACCCCAGUUUCUCCUCUCUUCACCUCCUCUCCUCUCGGCGGUCUCGGUUGUCGGUCAAAGCCGACGUCGGUCUUUGUGUCGCAGACGGACUUUGAGUCUAACAAACGGACACAAAUUUCCGACGUGCACUUGUCCGGAGGCUCCGCGAGGACACGACCUUCUGGAUCCACACCGAGAGUUGAGCCUGAUGAAGAUGAAACUGGAUGUGUCUCUACCUGUGCUGCUGUGUGCCAUCUGUCUCCUCGUCCUGCCGUCGUCCUCUACCCACCACCAGGAGUCAGAUGAUUCGAAGCUGCUCCAGGUGACCAUCCCCAGCACCCCGCCCGUGGUCUCCGUGCUGGGCGGCUCUCUGACGUUGCCCUGCCUGGUGUCCCUGGCCCACCCGCCGCCGUCCCCCUCCACCAACGGCCGCCACGCCGUGCUGUCCCUCCCCCGGGUCAAAUGGAGCGUGCUGACUCACGGCCAAGAGACGGAGAUCCUGGUGGCCCGCGGCGACAGGGUGAGAGUCAGCGAGGCCUACAAGGACCGAGCCUCGCUGCUCAACUACGCCUCCUCCCCCGCCGACCUCACCCUGCGGCUGGAGGGCCUGAGGCAGAACGACACCGGCUUCUACCGCUGCGAGGUGCAGCAGGGCCUGGAGGACGCCGACGACGUGGCUCAGAUCAAGGUCAAAGGGGUGGUGUUCCAUUACCGCGAUGCAUCCAGCCGGUACGCCUUCACCUUUGAGCGAGCCAGAGAGGCCUGCGAGGAGAUCGGGGCUGAGAUUGCCACUCCGGAGCAGCUCCUGGCCGCCUACCACAGCGGAUACGAGCAGUGCGAUGCAGGCUGGCUCUCAGACAGCUCAGUGAGAUAUCCAAUCCAGAUGCCAAGAGAGCGUUGUUUUGGUGGCAUGGACGGAUUGCCGGGCGUGAGGAACUACGGACUGUUAGAACCUGAUGAGCUGUAUGACGUCUACUGCUACGUGGAGAACAUCAACGGUGAGGUGUUCCAUGGCUCCACCCCCCAGCGCUUCACCUUCUGGGAGGCAGAGGCCUACUGUCUGAGUCACGGGGCCGAGCUGGUCACCACAGCUCAGCUGUACGUGGCCUGGAAUGACGGACUGAACCUCUGCAGUCCCGGCUGGCUGGCGGACGGGAGCGUCCGCUACCCCAUCGUCACCCCCAGGGAGCGCUGUGGAGGCGGUGAACCCGGCGUCAGAACCGUCUAUCGCUACAGCAACCAGACGGGCUUCCCCGAGGUUCACACUCGACACGACGUCUACUGCUUCAGAAGCGAUAACGCCGCUUACACAGAAUCUCCUCAGGAUUUUCUUGCCACUGAGCCAGAGGACAUUGGCCAGGACAUUGUUUUCUCCACUAAUCCUGCAGAGGAGGAGGAGUUCAUUCAGAGCAAGGCAACCGCAAAGGAGGGCGACGAGGUCUACCAUGCCCAGACGGCCAAUCUUGUGAAGCGGGAACCCGUGGAGGCUCAGCCCCCAACAUUGCGUUAUGACAAGGAACCACUGUUGACGACAGACCUUCAUCAGACUGUCACUCCUCCAUCUGAGCAUCAGGAGCAUGUGUCCACCGCGGAGGACACCUGGGAGGUCAUAGAGAAGGCCAUCAUCCCAGAGUCCCAUCAGCCUGCUCCUGAAGAAAACCCAGAUCAUGAAGAGUCUCACGCACUUCCAACAACUUCUCCAAAGACCGAUGGCGUAGUAACCGUUGAUGAAGACUCCACUUCACCCACGACCGAUUCAACAUCACCAGAGAGCGAAGAGCCCUCAGAGCGUCAUAUUUCUGUGAAGGAAAGCCCGGAUACACCAGCUGUUAACGCAACAUCUGGAACUGAUGCUAAUGAGCUCCUCAGCAGCUCUCCACAGGUUCCUCAGGAGGGCGAGCUUCCUGUCUCACAAGAGGACCACACUCCAGAUGUCCACCUGGAACUCGCCUCUGAAGCGGAGCUCGUCUACUCGAGCACCUCUUACGGUGUUUCGGGGCAGCCAGAAGAGGCCAGCGCUGGUUCUGUUGAGGAGAUGUCAGCGGUGACAACAUCAACCCACGACGAGGAAACGGACAUUCACGCCACCACCACCUCGCUGCCGUCUUUUGAAAACAGCACGCCUGAGAACCAUCCAACAGAAGAGGAGUCUGGAGAGGAAAGUGUAAAUCCUCUUCUAGAUGAGGAAGACUCUGUGUCUCCAAGUUUGGUUGGUAUGGAAACCACUGCCAUCGCUGAACUGGUCCCCUCCUCUGAUUCAGGUUACGAUCCCACCCCAGAUCUCCCAGGUGUACCUGUGGAGUCGUCCAUCCCAGUCGGUCACGGUGACGAGGACUCCAGCGGCACUUCAGAGGAGACGGCAACAGAUGAUCUAACCGACCAGAGUGGACACAUCCAUCCUGCAGAACCCCCCACUGUAGAGGUCUUCACAGUCACAGGUGGCUCCGGUGUGAACGCUCCGGUCCUGAGCACUAAUCCGGUCACUUUGUCGACAUCAACCGUAUCUGUUACCCUGUCACCGACUUCUGCGGACGUUGAAGCCGGCUCCCCGGAGAUUAUAACCUUCGUACCCGAAAGCAACACUUCAUCUGGGGCCGAACCUCUGGAGGACAUCCAGGGCAGACUUGAAGAGGAAGUAUUAGGAGAAGGCCCAGAGGUAUUCCUCAGCACAACCCAAAAUAUCACAGACAGUGAUCCGGUGGGGGUGGAGCAAGAUGGCAGAGAAGAAUCAGGUGAUUCAUCAGGAGAGAGCCCAGAGGUGAAACCAGAACUGUUGUCAACAAAUCCAAGUCUCUCAACGGACCACACUGACGGCGAGGAUGCCACUGAUACACCAUCAGAUGUAAGAAUCACACUGAUCCCUCAUCUGACCCUCACACCCGACUGGGAACCAGAGCCUUCUUCUUCCACACCGCAGGAGUCUCGGUCUGAUCUGGAAUACAGCGCCGAGCCUCCUGUCGCUGAGGAAUCCGAUGACUCUAAGGAGCCAGAGGUCGUGACUCAGAUCACCACGAGCAACGUAUCCUCAUACAUCGAACAUGGAUCAGAGGGAGGUGAGGGGGAGACCAGCACAGAUUCAGUUAAAAUGUGCACAUGGCGUCCGGAUGAGGAGGACACCACCGGUCCCACUCUCACCGCCGGCAGCAGCGAUGUGACCGCGUACCCGGAGUAUCCUGCCAUGGCUGCCUCCAGGCCGGCUGCCAGAGUUUCUGCUGCAAAACCAGGAGCCAUUUCAGCUGCAGACUCCUGCCUGGAGAACCCUUGUUUGAACGGAGGCACGUGUGUCGACGGUGAACCGGCGCGGUGCUUCUGCUUGAGCGGAUACGGAGGAGACUUGUGCCAGACAGACCUGGAGGUGUGCGAGUCCGGCUGGGACAAGUUUCAGGGCUUCUGUUAUCAUCACUUCGUGAAGAGGCAGAGCUGGGAGGCGGCGGAGCAGCACUGCCGCCUGUGUGGAGGACAUCUGCUGUCUGUGAUGACGCCCGAGGAGCAGGACUACGUCAACGACAAAUACAGAGAAUAUCAGUGGAUUGGACUCAACGACAGAACCAUCGAGGGAGACUUCCGCUGGUCGGACGGGAACCCUCUGCUCUACGAGAACUGGUACCGAGGUCAGCCGGACAGCUACUUCCUGUCGGGUGAGGACUGUGCGGUGAUGGUGUGGCACGACGACGGCCACUGGAGCGACGUGCCGUGUAACUACCACCUGUCCUACACCUGCAAGAAGGGCGCCUCGUCCUGUAGCGAGCCGCCCAAGGUUCCCAAAGCUAAGGUGUUUGGGAAGAAGCGGCUGCGUUACGAGACCAACACCAAGGUGCGGUACUUCUGUGAGGGGGGUUAUGUUCAGAAAAGGAAUCCUGUAAUCAAGUGUCUGCCCGGCGGCCAAUGGGAAGAGCCUCUCAUCACCUGCAUCCCCACCCAUUCGAUGGACGGAGACUCGGUCACCUCACUUCCUCACCAGCAGGAGGAGGUCACGGAGAAAGCUGCUCCGCUCUUCUGGGACAUUGCGUGGAAUGUCUGAAGCCAACCUGCCUUUUAGAAAAUAAUAAUAAUAAUAAUAAUAAUAUUUCUCCUUGUCUUUGCCCACUGUUCAUGUGUUCAAAGACUUCCCAUCUGUAGAAAUCUAGUCUUUAAUAUUUAUGUCACUUCAAAGCCACAGUUGUUACAGUUGUGGAAUAUCUGGAAAACUCUCUGUCAUCAAAGUUUUUAUUUUUUUAUUUUUUGCUUUGUGAAGAGAUCAGAGAGGAUCCUCCAAAGUGUUCAAAACACUCAACAGACUCCGCUUUGAUUCCACAUCCAUCUUUCUUACCUCCUCUCUCAUCUUUUGACUUUCACUCAGAAGGACUCUAAUACUUUCACAGAUUCUCUAUCUCAUGUACUACUGUCAGGAUAUAGUGACAGUUUGAGCAAAUAUGACAAAAAUUUUAUUGCACACUUUUGACAUAAAGGUCUAGCAUCCUAUUUCCACCUGGUAAUAACAUGAGAUCUGUUUCUGGGUACGUUAUCUGGUUUAUGACUUCUGAUCACCUGCCUUUGGUUUUAUACCCGUAUCUGAAUUUUGUCCUCAUUUAAAUGCAAUUCAUAGCAAGACACUACGAGCAAAACAUUGUUCUUCAAAAUUUGUGAUUUUGGUCUAUUUUGCUUCCAUAAAAUGUUUUCUUUCAGACUAGUGGAACAUAAACAUCCAAAAUACACAUUCAGGUGUUUAUUUUACUACUUUGUCUGUUUACGUCUGUAGAUUUCUCCUGAAUUCACUCAAAGUUACCAUUUCAUAACGCCUCAUUUGCAUAUUUGAACACACAACUUCAGAGAACUUCAGAAAAAUAGUCUUAAUGUCAGCCAGGCAGGUUUCAUGGUGAUAUUAGUUAUUUAUUUUACCUUAUUCACCUGUAGUGUCAGAUUCAAUCUUGAAUUAACAUACUUUUCCUCAUUUGCAUAAUAAACUCACACACAGAUCAUAUUUCAACACCAGGUGGAAGUGGAGAUGAACAGCUGGAGGUGGAGGUGUGUCGAGCUCACACACUUAAUUAGUCACCUGAGGAGGAGAUCGCACCUGAAGUCAAUCAUUAGACUCAACCUAGACCGUCUCAGUGACCGUGAGUGAACUCUUCUCUCUUGGUGUUUCAUGUCGACUAAAAGGUCAUUUAAUGCAUCUUUGCAUCUUUAAAGUGCAGCUUUAAUGUGAGCAGAUAAAUGAAUGAAUAUGUGCUGAAAAUGCAGCUAUUGUUCUUGGAGAGAAUAUAUAAGUAGACAAUAUCCUAAUUAGAGAGUUACAUUUUAAAUGUAGAUCUUCUGGGAUAAAUGAGGAUGUUUUUUGUUAUUUCUAUGAUGCAACAAUAGCUCAUCUACUGUUUCUAGUUUGAAGUACUGUAAUAGACACUGUGGCAAUAAUGAAGUUGAUGUGAACUAUUGAUCUAAUGAACGCAUACUAAAUGUACAAGUAGAGGUUAUACAAAUAGAUCCAAAUAAAAAAUGUACUUUUUAUUAAAGUAGAAUUUUUACUGUU